UUUCUAUAUACUGACAUUUACACUCGCUGUGUUGCCUUUCCAUUAUUAUUAUUAAAAUUAGCAAAUUUUGUUCGUCUCUAUUUUUGGACAUCGCUCGUUAAUUAAUUCGAAACGCAAAGUAUGUGGCAUUAACAUCGAAAAAAGUGUUCACAAAUGGAUAUUUCGAAUAGCAAUGGCAAAAGCAUUCAAGUCGAUCCAUCCAUGGAACAUGCGUCACACCAAUAUGUUUUCGCCGAUCAUUUUAAAACAUUUGAUCCAAACAUGUGUUCGGCAGCGGAAUAUAGCCCACCACCACCAUCGGUCACCGAUUCAAAUGCACAACAAACAACUGUUAUUGCACCGUAUCAUGCAAUUCCAUCGAAUUACAAUGAACUCACCGAUGCUUCGGACAUUUCAUUGGUACCAGUUAGCGAAACGACAUCCAAUUGCAUUACGUACAGCAAUAUUAUAUUUGUGCCGUCGAUGACAAAUAAUGGCAAUCAUAUGGAUUCGAUUGGCGAUGCCAUUGAACUUGUGAAGGACGAGACCAAUAUACCACCUGGAAUUGAACUGGGCGAUCCACAAUCGAUUAAGUACAUUGUCUCUUCGGAUUCACAAUUACUAAAUACAUUCAUUCGACCGAAUGAUUUGGAUAAUGUGAAUGCUGUUUUGAAUCACAAUCCAAAUGAAGAGUAUAUUGUGAAUACUGAUUCACAAAUUGACAACAAUUUGGUAUUGAAUGAAACGCAUCACAUUCAACAGCAUUUAAACGAUGUUGAAUCGAUGGAUAAAAAUCAAAUCGCCAUUCAUCAAAUAAACCAAAUAAAUACGGGUAACGAUCAAGAAAUUUUAAUGCAAGAUGAAAACGGACACCUAUAUCGACAUGUUCAAAAUAUUCUAAUCGAUGGAACAUCAAUGUGCCCAAAUGAAUUAUUACCUAUUCUAUCGGCUCCAGUUGAUUUGGCCGAUCCGGAUUAUGUCGAACAAAGCAUUAGCCGAAUACAAAGCACAUUCAAUCAACGUGAAAAUACAAUGCAUGACUUACCAUUUCAAAUUCCCAUCAAUUUCAUCACAAAUCCGGAAUCAAAUCAAACGAUUCCGGUCAGUUCAAAGUCAAUGGACACCAGCGGUUUGGAUAUGCAGCACGUUGAAUUUAUUUUAAAUAAUGAAAAUACCAAUGUGAUUAAUAAUUCGAAUCAGUAUGGAACGCAGUCAAAUGUAAAUAUUUUAAAUGAUAACACAAAUUAUCAAUGUCAUCCAACAAUGCAGUCAAAUGAUUCAUCGAGCCAACGCUUUCUUGAGAGUACCAUGUCUACAUUGUUGGCUGCUGUAAAUGACAUAACGGCCCGUGAUGAACAAUUUCAACAAUAUUUAAACACUAUCAAAAGUCCAAAAGACCAUAGUAUUGAUUACUACACAGAUGCCCAUGUUGAGAAUCAUGUUGACAAUAUACCGCACACAAUUUAUACAAAUCCAACGACAAAAAGUACAGCUUGUGGAAAAGAAAUGCCAAAACCAUUGACAUCGGAAACACUUUCAAAUGAACUCUUCCAAAAUAACUGUGAGCCAGCCACCGAUGAAUAUGUUGACAUUAAUGACAUGGAAUUUAUUAAGAAAAACAGUGACAGCGAUAAAUCACACGAAAAUAUUUUAUUAAGACGAUCAAGACGAAAGAAAACAACUAAACGAAAGGAUGAUGAUGCACUGUUGGUGGUUGAUAAGUUUGUGCCAAGCCGAGCUCUAGCUACUUUACCCACGUCCUAUCUAUACUUUGACACAAGUAAUGGUGCUGCUGCAACCGAACAAACUGUAUUUGCCAAGCGCGAAAUUCCACUGCAUAUGAAAUUUGGACCAUUUGUGGGUGAAACAAAGACGCUGAAUAAACAUGAAAUCAAAAUAUAUCGAGAAUCAAAUCCACAUUAUCCAUCACUAUUUCUAAGUCAUAAUUCGAUUUUGGACGUUUCGAAUGAGAAUACUUCAAAUUGGAUGCGUUUUGUGCGAACAGCAACGAAGCAUCGCGAACAAAAUCUGUUGUUGUGUGUAAUAAAUUCGCAGCUAUAUUUCAAAUGUUGUAAACUAAUAGCACCCAAACAAGAGCUACGUGUUGGAUACAGCAAAGAAUACGCGCAAAAGUACUCUUUGGAUCAAUUGCUUCCGAGAAAGCAAGAGAAAUCGAAUGAAUACCUAUGUAAGAAUAUUGACGAGCGACCAUCAAGCAAUGAAAUUCUGGAUGAUCAUCAAAAUGAACAAAAAACAAAAGAAACGUCAGUACAAUCUGUGCUUCGAACCACACCAACUAAACCAAACGAUUCAACAUCACCGAAUAAAGGCAAAGAUCGAUUAAAUACCGGUAAAAUUCGUAUGCGAAAAUUAGCCUUAUCAAAGAAAUCACGUACAUCCGGACCCACAGUUCGAUAUGCAUGUUGUUAUUGUAGCAAGGUAUUCUCAAAAUUUCUCAGCUACAAAGAGCACACAAACGCUGUGCAUGCGGUUGACAUCGAACAUAAACGAGUAAAAGUUGAUGCUGAACACAAGCGAUUAACCAUCGAAGAUUCUGUGAUGAAAAUGCAACCAUUGACUGAAGAAAAAAACACAAAUGGAACUAAAAACUGGUUUGUGUGUCAAAAGUGUCAGCGAAGUUUUGAGACUGCAGAAAAGCUUGAGGAACAUCGUUUGUCUAAUGAUGAUGAUAAAGAGCUAUUGUCUACUAAAUGUCACAUUUGUUUCAAGAACUUACAUCGACCGUCAUCAUUAAGCAUGCAUCUCAAAAAACAUGAGUCAAAAGAUGGCCUUUGUAAAUGUCCAUAUUGUUCCGAAACAUACCAAAAUACGCUCCAAUUUCGAGAUCAUGUUAAAAUCCAUUGUCAGACCAACGGAAAGUAUAAAUGUCCGCAUUGUACAAAAGAAUUUCCAAAAUACAAAUCAAUUCGCAAACACAUUCGAAUCAAUCAUACGAUCAAUCGGUUUGUGUGCGAUGAAUUGAAUUGUGGCAAAGCCUUCAAAUCGAAAUAUAAACUCAAAGAACAUAAGUUAAGUCACUCAGAUUUUCGAGAAUUUUCUUGUGCCGACUGUGAUAAACAAUUUAAACGAAAAGAUAAACUACGCGAACAUAUCCUUAAUUUUCAUUCAACUGAAAUCCAUAAAAAUAAUAACAAACGAAUCGAAAAUAAACCAUUGAACACAAUGCCGAUGAAGCUUUUGGAAGAAGAACAACAACCUGCAAAUGAUAUAUUUGAAGAAACAAACGGCCACAUUUAUUCAGAUGAAAAAUCAUUUCAUUCUGAUGAUGAAUUAUUGUCGAAAACAAAUUCGAAAAAAUCACCAACAAAGCAAAGAUUCAAGCCCAAAGUACCGCCAACCGAAUAUGAACGAUUUAUUUAUAAGUGUCAGCAUUGUCAGCUUGGUUUUAAACGACGAGGAAUGUUGGUCAAUCAUCUUGCCAAGCGUCAUCCAGAUAUUCGAAUCGAUUCGAUCCACGAACUUCGGCUGCCAAUUUUGAAAACGGAACGCCUUUUCUAUUGUCAAUAUUGUGAUAAAUCGUACAAAUCGAGUUCGAAACGGAAAGCACACAUUAUAAAAUAUCAUCCGGGCCAAAAAUUGCCGAUGUCAACGCGGUAUAAUAAACCAGAAGACUGUGAAAACCCCAUGGUACCGAAUCCAUCAUUUUCAGCCAAUGUUGGUAGCAUCACAACGAAUGUUCAUCAGUGUGUGUGGUGUUAUAAACAGUAUGCAUCACGCAGCCGAUUGCUUCAACACAAACGAAAAGAACACAGCAAAGAGAUUGAAGACUCGAUUAAACAGAAUCAAGCAGAUUACUUUAAAGAUUUAACACACGAUUUAAGUCAAAUAAUGGACUCGCGCGAAGGCCAAUUCCAACAACCACAAACGCCUAUCAAUCAGUCUAUCGAUGAGUAUGUAAUUAAAUUCAAUGAAAUACACGAACAGCAUUCAGCACAUCGAUUUCAACAAAUUGGAUAUGAACCGGAAAAUAGAUUACUGGAACUGUCUUCGGCUGCAUUAGAAACAUUUCGCGAUGAUUAUUCAUUUUUAAGCGACAGCGAUAUUGAACAUUCAAACAUCGACGGAUCACGAGUUGAUGUUAAUUUCAAAAUGGUUGGAGAUGAAUUCGGUCAAGAGAAUUCCAAUUGCGAUUUAAAUUCAUUGCCACAACUAUUUGAAGAGAUCGAUUGCAUGACAUUGAAACCAAGCCAAUAUACGACCAGUAGUUCAACACAAGUUGAUAGUAUUAUUGGGAAAAACGUACAUCUCACGUACAACAAAUGAAUUGACGACAUGUGAUUUAAUACAAAGAUAUUGUACCUUUUGAGAUUCGAAUAAAAUCAUGAUUUUUUGUGCUUUUC